AUGCGCAGUUCCUAUCUGCCAUGGCUCCUCGCGAUUUUCGCUCUAGUCGCCCAAACGGAGUCGGCCAACUUAUUGACCAGUUACCUGCCGGCUGCGAUGCAAGCGCUGGCCUACUAUAUAGAUCAUUUGCAAUACGAGCCACUGGCUAGUACUACUAUAGAGCCACCCUUCAGUGCUGAUGUAGAUUUUGGUGGCGGUGGUGGUAGUAGUUCCAGCACAACCCCAUUACCAUCCACGUCGCCCAAACCAGACACUAGUUCGACGACCACACGUCGUCGUCCCACUGGCUCCACAAGCGUGGGCUGGUGGCAACCACCCAGCUGGUGGGAGCAACCACAGCGCACAACAUCCACCGAACGACCUACAGCUGCGCCCACAGAACCACACAGACCAGCGCUCUUUGCACCGCCUGCUAGUGCUCCCAAAUUGGAGGGCUAUGACCUCUUCAAUGAAAUUGGAGACGAUGGAGAAUUCGAUCGUUUGCCACUAUCCCUCAUCCGUGAUAUUCAAACAGAAGCAAAUCACGAUGAUUUUACCAAUGAUGUGGAAUCUUUGGACAACUUCCUACGUCUCUAUGACGACAAUUAUGGCAGAGCAGCCUUUGAUUUUGAAUCGGCCAUGGAUCGCUGGUCAAGUACAUCGACGGCUGGUAAAAAACGCGUGCCGCCCACCAAGCCCUACGUAGACUUUCUACUCGUUUACGAUCUGCUGAAGCGUGAUGCCAAGGCGGCCAAUCUGAACAAAUACGAAGGAUACUCCGAGGAAUUGCUGCAGGCCCUAUACGAGCUAUCGGAUGCAUCGGCGGCGCGGCAACUUUAUACCCUCUUUCAACGCAUGCUCGAGCGUGGGGAUGUGCAAAGGAGCGACGUGGUGUCACGAGUUCAAGGCAUCAUUAAGGAUUUGGCCAAUCCAAAUAGUCCCACAUCCAAGGCGCUGGCAUUUAUACCAACAAUGCAGUUUUUGCCAUAG